AUGUCUUCAUCAGGUUUAAAUCCAAUCGUUGCAGAUAAUUAUAAUGAAAUUGAUCAACCAAUCAAGAAGACAAUUGACUUUCUUGAUGAUUUUGAAAGAGGAUUAUAUGUAAAGCUAUCACAUCAAAUCAAAGGUUUUAGACCAGAGAUUGAAUUUUCACCAUCACCAACCUAUGUACGUGGUAGUUUAGAGACUGUACUUCUACCCAAUAGCAACAGCAAGGUCAAGAUAUCAGUGUCGAAUGAACAACAACUCGAUCUUGAGAUCAACAGCUUGGUGCCACCCUUCAAAGACGUCAAUGCCAAGAUCUAUGUAAACACGGCAACCAACCGUCUCCAGAGCGGUGCAUUGCCCACGAUCAUUGGUAAUAUCAGCCGACGAUGCGGUAAAUACUCGGCCGAGGCCAAGGCUACCAACAAGAAUGAUGGGUUGAUCGGCUUCUCAUUUUUGCGUAACAUUGAUCACCAUUGGUCGGCUGGUCUCGAGGCUUACUACAAGAACGUACAAAAGAGUGGCGGUGCUUCGUUGGCUGUACGUUACAUUGGUCGCCCCAUCUACAACCAAAAGUUCCAAGUCUGUGGAACAUACAAUUUGAUGGGUGACUUGGCACUCUCCUUCCACACUCUCCUCUUGUCCGAGUCGAUUGGCGUGGCCACUCGUUUCCGUCUCAACACCAACAGUCUCGAGAGUAACUGUGAGGUUGGUCUAUCGAUGGCCUACGACAUUAACUUUGCCAAACGCAACUUCCCAGUCGUUGUCAAUUUCCGUACAUCCAACCGCUUAGCUCACGGUGCCAACAUUGAAUUCUCUCAUGGUAACGCUAAAUUAAAUAUUAGUACAAUCAUUCAAGACAAGAAACCUGAAUUUGGUAUUAAACUUUGUAUAUAA